GUCUUCUUCGUCUUCUUCGUCUUCUUCGUCUUCUUCGUCUUCUUCGUCUUCUUCGUCUUCUUCGUCUUCUUCGUCCUUAUAGCUUCUUUUCUGACUGAACUCCACGGGUACGCUCAUUGUAUGUGAUUUUCCAUAACGUGUGCAAAAUGUGUGAGAGACCUCCGAUUCCCGAACGACUUUCCUCCCUUCUGCAAACUGGACGCCGGGAUGCUUUGAACCGUCACCAGCAACGCGCAGUCAGCGCUGCCUCGGAUCUAUCCAGAAUGUCCAUUGACUCCGCUACCUCAGACUUCUUUGAUGCCAAGGUCAAAGCAUGGGAAAGCGAGGUUGACUACAUACGUUGCAUCCGGGAUGGCCUUGAUGAGGCUAAGACAGCCAAGCUUCUAUCUGAUUCUGAGUUCCAGAAAGAGCUUGAGCCCUUCCUGGAGCCCUUUCGCACUGCCUCUUCUAACCUUAAGGUCUUGAAACGCCAACGUCAACUUCUACUAGAGGAUCUUGAGGAGCAGGUGGAGGUAAAGAAGCAUCGGUCUCAUGAGCCUGGCCAGGACUUUUUUGAGAGGGCAUAUGCUGAAACUAUUGUUCCCCGCGUUAUGGCCGCACGAGCAAAACAAAAGCAUCAGCCUUUCGACCAAAGUGCUUUCAAAAAAUCAGUCUAUUCUUACUACGGUAUCGAGGAACUUGAGGAUCAUUCUGCCUGGUGUCAUGUCCUGGGGGGCUGGUACCCCUGCAGGAGCGUCAAGGCUGCACACUUGGUCCCAAAAAGCCUGACCAAAGAGGAAGUUUCUCAUCUCUUUGGUGCUGGAGAAGUCGUACUGUCAGACCCUAGAAACGGCAUUACCCUCCUCCACACAAUAGAAGAUGCGCUAGAUUCUGGGGCUAUUGUGAUUAUGCCAAUCCCCGGAGAGACGACUGUACCUACACGUUGGAAAUGUAUUCUCAUCGAUGAGACACGCAAGAAAAACAUUGUUUGGAGAAGACCAGACGGAACAGUGAUCAAAUUCGCGGAUAUCGAUAAUACGGAACUCAAGUUUCUGACUGACAACCGGCCACGACGUCGCUACCUUUACUUCCGUUUCGUCGUCUCGUAUUUGAAUGCGAAGAGAAACAAUUAUUGGGGCUUCACUAGCAAGGUAGAAACCGGGCGCUUUUGGCCCACGCUGGGCCCCUACCUGCGCAGGUCAACCCUUGUGGCAUUGGGACGCUGCAUUUCCGGUACUGAGCUGCCACAGUCUUUGAUCGAAGGAAACACCUUCGAGUCAGAAUAUGAUGCCGCCCAGGAUAAAGAUUCGGGGAUGAUUCUUGGGGCUGAUAUCCGCGAAGCCCUCGAGGAAAGCAUCAAAGAGCAUGCAAGGAAUGAGUGCUAUGAUGAAGAAAGCGAAGAAGAGCUGUGAGGAACUCAGACCAUAACGUUAAGGCUAGUGUCUACUUUAGACUGGUGCCAGAAGAUUUUGACCAUAGAUCAGAUGACAUGCG